AUAAUCUUAGAUAAUCAGCUAUUUACAACUAUUGAAAAUAAAUACUUUCAACAAAUAAUAAAGCUAUUAAAUUCAAAUACAACUAUUCUUGUAGGAGAUACAAUUAGAAAUAAUAUUAUAAAAAGUUUUGAAGAUGAAAGUAUAAAUAUAAAUUGCUUACUUCAAAGUGUUCUAGAAAAACUUUCAUUUGCUAUUGAUCUUCAAAGUAUUUUAUUGGAUUUUAUUAAUCUUCAUAGUUCUUAUUCAGAAGAGAACUUGUGCAAUGCAUUUGUUAGUAGCUAUUGUGAAUUUGGAAUUUUACCAAAAAUUUUUAUAAUUACAAAUGAUGAUGUUACGAACAAUGAUAUUUUUAUACAACAACUAGAAAAUAUAUGUUAUAAUGAGAAUAUUGCUUUUAAUACUAUUAAAUCUCAUUUUAAAAUUAGAUCAUCACUACAGCAUUAUGAACAAUUUAUGCGUCAAGUUAAAGCUGCUAGUCUUGAGAAUUGUAAUCUUAUAUUAGAUAUUAAAACUAGGUAG